GGGUCUAAAUACAUUCUCUCUUUGUAGGGGACAACAUGCCAACUGCCAAGCAGCUAGCUGACAUUGGCUACAAGACCUUCUCUACCUCCAUGAUGCUCCUCACUGUGUACGGGGGUUACCUGUGCAGUGCCCGGGCCUACCGUUAUUUCCAGCGGCGCAGCUCCCAGCGCCAGGCUGCAGAAGAACAGAAGACCUCAGGAGUCCUGUAGGACUGCAGGUUUUUCUCCUUGAGCAGAGAGGCCUGAGGCGUGCUGUGGAAUGAUCUCACCUGCAAUCAUUUCCAAGUCGCGAGAACUAGGUCCUUAAUGGUUUUCAAAUCGUGCUGAGAAAAAGUGCCCCUGUUUUCUCUGGUACCGCCGGUUUGGGGCGGCUGUGGGAUCACAACAGGAAUGGGAGGAUGAGGCACAUCUGUGCACAUUAAAUAUUUUGCCACGUC